AUUUUAAAAAUAAAUCUUAUCCUUGGUUCCAAACAGAGCUUGAAAAGAGUCAAUUCUGUACUCAAGAAUGAGUUUUGUCACUACGAAUUAAAUUAAACUUACUCCAAUUAAGGGACACAAUUUUUCACUCAAUGGAAACUAAUUUCUUAGUUCAAUUUUAAACUUUUAACCUUUUUAUUCUAAUUUUCAAAAAAGAUUAAAUUUAAUUUUAAUAAACUUUAAUUUUGUUGUUUAUUUCAAGAAACCAUUGAGAUGGUCACAAUACAAAGAACAUUAACAGUUGCAACAACCACAAUUGAUCAUUUUGUCCUUGUUGAAAAUGUUAAUGAUUAUUUCGAAUCUGCAGAAGUACUGGAACUGCUCAAUAACCAUCAAAAUGUAUUGUUAUUUGAACUGCAAAUUCAUGAAAUUUCCAACAAACCAAAUCAAACAGAGUUAAAUGAAUUGGCUAAAAAGUGCUCGAAAAACUCAAUUGUCUUGUUUUUGAUCACAAAAAAUGUUAAAAGGUUUCAUCUUUUUUGGAAAUCGAACAAAAUUGAACAUUUUUUGGAACUUAAACUUUAUGAUAGCUGUGAAUGUUUUAAUGAUUUGAGGAUGCUCAUGUUUAUUGCUGACUUUGUUGCUAGUUCAUUGAGAUUCGGUCAUUUGGGGCUUCACAGUGCAGUUCCUAUAACAAAAUAUUCAACAAAAAUUGAACUUCAUCUUCUUGCUGAUCAUCGCAACUUUAAUUUACUUCUCAUAGCGUCUGAGCUUGGUGAUCUUUACAUUGUGAACUUCCUGCUGGAUGCGUCUUUUACUGCUGAAUGUCAAGGCAUGAAUGCACAAACUUUAGCAUACAAUAAACGACAUUUUGACGUCUUGCUUGCACUUUUGAAUGCAAAUUUGCGAUAUCCUCAGUCAAUCGAAAUCCAGGACUGUCCAGAUAAUAUUAAAGAAUUUGCUAAUAUAAGUUCAAGUCUAAAUGAAGCUAUGCUUAAAAGGGAUUCAUUAAAAGUUCUGGAAAUUUUAAAUAAAAAUCCACAAAUGCGUCAUUUUUACGAUUUAUGUAACCAAUCAGCACCAGCAUUUGCAUUGAAGAACAAGCUUUGGGACAUAUAUAGUAUUUUAGUUUCCAAAAAUGUAGUUUUUGGUCUAUAUGAAGAUUUCAGCGAAUUUAAAAAAAUGAUAAAGAAAAAGGACCGAAAGAAGUUACGUGAAAUUCACUACACAGAAUCUAAAUUCCUUCCUGACAAUCAUAUGCAUGUCUUGGUAUCCAACUCUCGACUAGCACCUGGCACUACUCAACACGAUCAAAAGUAUAAAAUCACCAAAAAUGCAUUUGAAAUCUUGGACCAAAAUCCAUGCAUUCAAAUUAUUUUGAUGGUCGUAGCAGCAUCAAGGAACUUCCGUAUCGUAUUUGACUUCAACCAAAAUUCAGUCGAACACAUUGAUCCAACAACCGAUGGACAGAUACAAGGAUUGUGCUAUUUAUUUGGACGAAUUUAUAUUGCAGCAAAGCAGCUGCUUAAUCCAAAUAAAAAAUUUGAAGCUCUUGGGAUAUUAGCACAUGAGCUUUGUCACUACGCUAUGAAUCUGGUCUACAAGAACCUUGCGAAUCCAUACUCGUUUAGUGAUUCAGGAACUGAACAGGAUUUUGAAGUAAUUUCAAGGUUCUGUAAAGAAAAUUGUGAACGAGAAGAUAUCAUUAAGGUUAUUUAUUCCGGCUAUCCAGCACAAGAACAGCAUUUGGAGUUGAUUGUUCGAGUUCCUCACUUAAUGAUGCACUAUGCAAAUAAUUUACAACGACUUGAAGAAGUUCGAUGGAUUUUUAAGAAGCUUUUUGACUUUUUCAGUGCCAAAACUGUUCCGGAAAUGAAGGAAGCUCUUUCAAGAAUCCAAGCAGAAGCCGAAGCUCAGGACAUGAAAAAUAGAAGAAAAAUUAGAAAUUUAACUUUCAUCUCAAUUCUUUUUAGCAUUUUAGCUAUAAUUGGGAUCGUAGUUACGUUUGUUGUUCACAUAUUAAUGUUUACUUGCAAAAAACCAUGAUUUUAACCCAUGCAUCCAAAAAUAUUAUUUUUUAAAAAUUUUACAUUUUUAUUCAAUUUCAAUUUCUGCAAGUUAUGUUUAGUUAUGCACAAAACAUGCUUAAUCUUCGAUUUUAACUUCAUUUGUUACGCUGAAUUUAACAUUAAUAACGUAAGAAAUUCACAUUUAAUUAUUUCACAAUAAAUCACAUCUUUUAAUGGCGGUUUGAAAAAUUUACACAUUUUUUAAAAAUAAAACCAAAAAUUUUGAGAAUUUUUAAAAACUUUUAUGUGAAUUUUUGUCGAAAUUGUUUAAAAAUUUUCAUCAUUUGGACAUUUUGGGAGCAAAACGUGAAGAAAAAUGCCAAAGAAAAAUUGCAGAUUUUUUUCAAAAUCAAAACCACGUUUAUUUCAAAUUAUCAAGAGUCAUUGAGGAUGUCAUGUGAUG